UUUUAAUUUAAUCGAAAAUUUGUUUACAGUUUUCUUUUUAAUUUAUAUUUAAGUUAUUAAACUUAAAUAUUAUUUGCAUUACAUUUAAUUUUCAAAAUAUAACCUACUGGUCUAAAUAAGAUUUAUCAACCGAACUUACAGCAGCUGAAUUGAUUGGCAAGCAUUUUUCAAAUACUGAUAUGUCAGUUCGGCACAAUGUAAACAUUAAACCAACUUCUGAAUUCCAACUACCGCUGCCAUCAUCUCUCACAGGUCCAGUGAUUUUGUCACAUAAUUAUGAAGAUGCUGUGGAUCAGUUGCAUUAUUUGCUUCAAGCAAAACUUAUCACACACAAUACGAUUUUUUUCCAAUACACUGAAAGAGAUCCUGCAGAUGAAUGGAUCUAUGAGAUAGAAAAUGAUCGAAAUUAUCGAAGUUAUUUUGAGGAUUGGGUAUGGGCUGAAGGAGAUAUUAGAGAAUGUCGAAAAGAUGACAUUUUUCGCCUACGUCGUUUAUUUGGGGAAGAUGAAGAUGAAAAUGAAGAAGAAACUGAUGAAAGAGAUCGUCGAAACCAAAAAGAAGGAGAUACAUCAGUAUAUUGGCUUUUAGAUUUUAGUAGACACAUUCUUGAUGUUCGUCAAAAUUUGCCAUUGGACAGGCAUAUAUUAAAGAAGCUUAAUUGGGAGGAUAAGGCAUAUAUUAUAAUACCUUAUCCUACUCCCAAAAUCAGAACAUCGUGGCAUAGAAGACAUGCAUGAUCACCAUAAAAGUUAUUCGAAAAUUUUAUCUUUUAUAUUUUUAUCCAUCUUUUAUUACAUGUCAUCACUGAUGAUACAUUGAAGGCAAUAGAAAACGGAUUUGAGAACCAAUAAAAGAAAAAAUAUUUUACUUAUACAGAGUUAAUAUGAAGAUAUGUCUAACAUUUCUUGAAUCAAUUUAAAUUUCUGUUCAUGAAUGAACAGAAUGUACAAAUCUAAUUUAUUUAUGAUUAUAACUUCAGACUUAUUAUAUUUUAUAAGUGCAAUUUUUGAAUCUAAGUAU